AUGCGGUUCAACGAUGACCAAAAAGACAUUGCCGAAGUGGAUGGCACUGCGAUACACUCAUCAGAAGCAUCCUCGGAUCAAGAGAACCAAGUACAGGAAGCCGAGCCACUAGAUGUCGACCCCGUCUUCUCCCUUCGUGAGCAACGAAAGAUCAUCCACAAGAUCGAUAAACGCCUUGUCUUCAUUCUUGGCCUCAUGUAUUGUGUAUCGCUGAUGGACCGGGUCAAUCUGCCCAACGCAGCCAUUGCUGGUAUGAACGUUGAUUUGGACAUGAAUAAGGGGUUUAGAUAUUCAACCAUAGGGCUGGUUUUCUUCGUCACAUAUGUUUUGUUCCAACCUCCUGCAACUAUCUUGACUCGUAAACUUGGCCCAAGGCUCUUUCUUCCCGGCCUUUGCGUUGCGUGGGGUGCAGUGAUGGUCGGCGCCGGCUUUGUGCAGAAGUGGACUACGAUGAUUCCCCUGCGGUUGUUGCUCGGCUUAUUCGAGGCUGGAUACUUUCCAGGAUGCGUAUACCUUCUGUCCGCAUGGUACGCAAGGUACGAUCAGCAAAGGCGGUUCGCCCUGUUUUACCUGCUUGGUCUGGCUGCUGCUGGAGUAUCUGGCAUUCUUGCGUACGGUGUCUCGAAAAUGGAUGGACUCGCUGGUCACGCCGGGUGGCGGUGGAUUUUCAUCAUGUAUGGCAUCAUUACGAUGACACUUGGAGUCCUUGGCUAUAUCUUUGUCGUCGACUUUCCCGAUCGAUGCAAGGAGAGGAAGCAUUGGAGUUUCCUGGCCAAUGACGAAAUCGACUUCAUCAUUCGACGCAUCAACAAAGACAGAGGCGACGCUGUAGCCGAGCCAUGGGACUUUCGAAAGUGGAUCGCUUCCGGCGCGGAUCCCAAGGUCUGGAGUUUUGCCCUACUUUUCUUCUGUGCGACUUCUACAGGAUAUGGCAUGUCCUUCUUCUUGCCCAUCAUUCUGAGGCGGAACAUGGGCUAUAGCAUUGCACUUUCGCAAGUCCUCGCUGCUCCACAGUAUAUCUAUGCCGCCAUUCUUUGCUACGUCUUUGCGUGGUUUGGCGACAGAUAUCGGAUACGCGGACCCUUGCUGUUCCUGAACGCAUUGCAAGGCUUUAUUGGUCUGCCUUUGCUCGGCUUCGCCAAAUCAUCCGGCGUUCGAUACUUUUCGACAUUCCUGAUCGCAGGUGGUGCUCAUGCGGCAAUACCGACCAUUAUGGCAUAUCAGGCAAACAACGUUCGAGGUCACUGGAAGCGCGCCUUCACGUCCGCUACCCUGAUUGGAUUCGGCGGCAUUGGUGGUAUUGCUGGAUCACUGAUGUAUCGCACCCGUGAUGCACCGAAGUAUCAUCUGGCUGUCUAUCUGAGCCUAGCAUUCAACUCCUUGAUUGUGGUUCUGGUCUGCAUUAACACUGUAUACUUCAGGUACGAGAACAGGAAAGCUGACCGUGGAGAGAAAGUGCUCGAGGGAUAUGUGAACUUCAGAUAUACCAUUUGA